CAGUAAUGUGUUUAUUGGCUGUAAGAUGUCAGGUCAAUGAAUAGGUUUUAAUCUUGGGGUUUCACUUAUGGAACACAGAAUUCCAAUAGAAGCAGAUGAAUAAAAGCUACGUGGGGACGAUUUGACAGUCGGACUGGACUAGAAUAUGAGACUUAUAAGUAUGGAUUUAAAAACUUGUCGAGGCGUACGUACCUACAUCACUUGUUACAAGUACUAAUUGUUAUAAGCUUGUUAUAAGUAUAGGAAAUACAGAUACUUUCGAAGUAAUUCAGUAUAAAUGGAAUGAUGAAUAAUAAGCAAAGUGAUAUAUAUAUAUAGAUAUUUACAAAAUAGAACGAGUCUCAUUAGCGUAAGGCGCUCAACACAUCAAUACGAUAUUGACUAUCGGAAUAAAGCAUUUGAGUAAACUGCAUAAUGAACGACGUAAAGGCUUUUCUAAUUAGGAUCUUUGGGCUUUCAUCUAAGAGCGCUUGUAUCACUGCUACCAGUCUAUAUUAGUUUACUGAGCAGUCGGAAUGUUACCAAUAAAUUGGUAAGAUAUAGCAGCGGUAUCUCCAGGUGUUAACUUCAGAGGACCAUCCAAUAAAUCAGAACGUUACUAGUUGGCUUUUUUACAACACGGAGAGCAGCUAGGGGAAAUAAACUCAACAGAAAACUUGAAAUAGCAAUACCUCAGCCGAAUGAUCCUCUUAUGAUUCACGUAAUAACCAUCACUGUGGAUUAAGCCGAAGAACGACGCAGAAGCGUGGACUGUACGUGAUAGUGGAGAAACAAGUAUGAAUUAGACCGUAUCCUGUACUACAAAAAGUGAAGGAAUAAUCAUCAAAACUAAUCAAUCAAUAAUGAAUAUAAAUGUAUCAUCAAAGGAUAAAGUCUUCGAUUAAUAAACUCUCAUAAUGAGCAUUGUAAAUCUAGCGUAAUGAUGCGUUAGUUAAUUCCAAUAAGAAAGGAAAGAGGAAUAUAUCAUGGCACACCUGUACAGGCAUGUCAACCUAAAUGACAGGUGGAAUACGAACAUAUUUACAUUUAUUCUCCCAGCCAGUUUAACCAAUGAGUACGCCACUGGGAAAUACUCUCGAGAUUUCGUUUAUGGGAACCAGAAAUGGAACAUAUUAUUAAACAAAGGUGACAAACACUUGAGCUCAUAUUUGACAUUGAAAAAUGCUGCUAAAGGAAUGGCGUGUACUGUGGAUUAUACAGUUUCACUCCUCAAUCAGGAACAUUUCACAAAGAAUGAAUGUUUUACUAAUAAAGCGAGUAUGUUCAGUUCAGAUCAGUGUACACAUGGCCUGAGAACGUUCGUUGGAAUAGGUGACCUCACAAACAGGCGUUUCAUGCAUGACAACGGUGAAUUCCUAGUAGAGAUAGAGUUGAAAAAUUGCAGCACCAUCUUCAGGGACUAUAUCCAACUACCAAGCUCCAACCAAAAACAUCACCGAGAUAGAAAUCAUUACUAUGCAAACGACUAUGACAGAUUAGAAACGACGUAUUUCUGUUUUGGCAUGUGUGACUGGAGUCUGAUACUGUAUCCAGAUGGCGACUCAAAGGGAAGUGAAGGUAUCCCAAGGCUCCAUCUAUGUCGACACACAAGCUUUGAUCACCUAUGUAGGGCCGAGUACAAGUUCAAGAUAGGCCAGGGAGACAGAGUGUAUCUGUCUGAAAAACUUACCGAUAUCCUCAAUGAAAGUGGAAUGGGGCAAGGUUUCUUAAUCAAUGACAAUCUCCAUAGCCUUGCAAUCAAGGGAAAACUAAGAAUUCAAGUAGAAAUGCUCUCAGUUACUGCUAUAAGUGAGGUUAAGAUUGCAGUGUUGAACCGUACAAGAAAUAGAGCUAAGUUCUAUGACAGAGACAAACAGGCCUGGGUUCUUGAAACAGACAUUGAUUCCGAGUUCCUUAAACUGAGGUUAUACUACAGUGAUGUGAACAACGUCCCUAGGAAAUUCACCCGUUAUGUGCGAUGGGCAGUCAAUGUCGUACCGCAAAUUGCUCUCAAAGGCCAAGCUAAGAGGUCGAUCGACGCCAGGGGGUCUCCAUUCUCAAACUACUAUGCCCAACAUGAGAGUGAUGAGGGAUACGAAAUGCAGGUCGAUAUACCAACAAUAGACAUCAAUGAUCCCGAGAGCUUGUACCUGGAUGGAGAUAACAAGAUGACAUUCCACAUUGAAUGGAAGGAUUCCCAUCUACUCUACCAUGCAAAGUACCACCGACAUGAUGACAUCACUGCAACGCACAAACAUCAAAUGACAAAAGAGAUAAUGGCGCUACAGGCAGAAAACCACGCCCUUGAGAAGCAGGUACAUGGCUACCAACUAUCUAUAGCAAAGCAAGAGGCCGAACAAGGCCCAGCUGCUGUCCCUAUAGCAACUGCAUCAACGCCACAAAAUAAUCCGAAUUCGUUUAAGUCUCAAUCUCAGCAAAAUACUCAAUACCAGCCCCACGGAAGUCCAAAGACUGAAAAACGAUUCUCUGACACUAAUCGGCCUCAACCUUUCGCCAGUUUAUCAAAUGUCAGUAAUACAGUAACUGGUUUAUUGGGAAUAGACAGUAGUAAUAGUGGAAUACUAAAUCAACCUAAAUCCGAGACAAGACGUUCCAAAAGCAGUGCCAGUCCACCGGAUAUGACUGAUGCAUACGGAGAUCGUAUAGUAGAAGAUAAUACAAGGAACAACCCAACUAAAAGAAAAAGUGAAACUAAACGACCUCAACCUAAUUUGACUCUAACUAGUACAAAAGAGCAAUAUGGGAAUGUAAUAAACAUUGAAGAUAAUAUGAAAAGGCAGCCAUCCAGUAAGAGAAAGAGUGAGACAAAACGACCAAACUCUAUAAAAGCUUUGGACUUUGAAAAUGUUUAUAAUGAUCUCGUUAGCUUGGACGAUAGCGAUAUGAAACAAACCAAACCAACCAGAAAAUCUAGUGAAUCUAAACGAACAAAUAAUAGUGCAAAAGUGAAAAGUAGAAAUGGGUCCUAUAACGAUCUUCCAAAUGUGGACGACGAAUUGAAAUACAGCAGUUCAGUUAGAAGAAGGGGUGAUAUCAAAAAAGGUCAAAAUGGACAGACUAAUCUUAACCCCAUGGAUGCCAAAGCAGUCUAUAAUGAUCUGAACUCAGAUGGCAGAGAUGCAAAAGGUUAUAGUGACAACCAUGACAAGCACUAUAGUAAAAAGGGUUAUGACUCACAUAGUUACACAGAUCUAACAACAUACUCUGGCCGUAAAAACUACAGAGAAGAGAGACACUAUGAACACAGUCAUAGCUAUGAUGACGACUACUAUGAUGAUAAUGAAAGAGAUCAUUAUGAUGACAAAUACAAUGGCUACUAUGACAAACAACAGAGAGGUUAUGAUGGAUAUUAUGACGAUUAUGACAAAAGGUAUGCUGAUGAAGACACCAGAAGAGGGGAGGUCUCCCAAGGAGACAGAUCAAACUAUUACAGCGGACAAGAUGACAGAUAUCGUGAGUAAAUAGCGAACUGGUGAAAGAGUGGAACCGCAUAACUCAGCUGUAGGGGAAUUGAUAAUCAAGAUGUUCAUCUUAUAGGGUUGAUGUAGUUAACUUAAGUAUACCCCGGACACAAAAAAACUCUAGUUGUUUGAGACCCAAGUAAAAGACGAGUUGAGUGCGAGUUAGACAAAAUGGCCUGUUCACGAUCUAAAAAUAUGGACUUCUACAUCACCAAUCGCUACCUUGAAAUAUGAUCUAACUCCCAAAGUAAUUUCAUGAUUGAUUUAGAAAGAAUAGACUACCCCGACGGAAAACUACAAUCGACUUUAUUUUACCGGAAAAUGAAAAAAUGCAAUUAGGGACAUCAACACGGAUUAGCUCUGGUCAAUAUGACAUUCCAGUAGAAAUAAACUAGAAACGCUUAAGUUAAAGGAUGAAUCAGAUCUAUGGGGGUGACAAAAUUACAAGCAACAUGUACAAUUGCCUGCCAAUCUAUUCCUUACAAUCUCAAA